CGCACCUUGUAAAAAGAGCUUCUCCCGCCUUCCAUUUUUCUUUUUCCUUAUAAGUUCCCGCGACCCGAGUGGAUUCCAAAAGGCGGAAGCUUUCUUUCGGGGAAAGCUCUCGACUAAUUCGAGUAACCAAACACCCCGCUUCCCCUCAAUUGAUCACAGUCUAUCAUCUCUUUUUCUCCAUCAAAAGCCUUAUCGCCAGCGAAAUCUAGGGUUGCUGAAAUAAUGUCGGCGCUAAACUGGAAGCACCAUGCUUUAAUUCAAGCGUUGCUCGCUCGCGGCCCUCAGACGGAGAAAGAGCUCCACAAGAUCUUUGCUGGCGUCACUGGGAAAAACCCAGGCAAUCACCAGCAACAUUUCAAUGAUUAUCUUUUGAAGAUAAAUAAGGAACUUUCUUAUGUUCAAUUUGAGUUACGGUGUUGUCGAAACCAGAAUGAUGGCCAAGUUUGUUAUGGAGUGGUUAAUAAUGUUGCUGAUGAACAGUCCAAGCUUGGUACGAAAUAUUCUGUUCCACAGAUUGCAUUAUAUAAAGGCAUUAUAGAAUCGAUUGUGCAAGAUGCUAGGGCUCAGGGCUACAUAUCUGUUAUUGACGCUCUUAAUAUACGUCUGGAGAAUCAGCUUCCAAGUGGGAAUGGGUCCCAAUCACAGGAUGGUGUUCCUCCUGCUUUCAGAAACUUUUCAAUGACCCAGAAAGAAAAAACUGUCGAUGAACUUGUGAAUGACCAAUGGCUUUGUUACUCAGACGGCAAUGUUGGACUUGGUGUCAGAUCCUUCCUUGAUCUACGAAGUUGGUUCCGUUAUAGUGAUGUCCCUUUCUGUGCAGUGUGCAAUGAAGCUGCUGUCAAGGCAGAAUUGUGCCAAGGUGAAGAUUGUUCAGUUCGAAUUCACAAUUACUGCCUUCAGAAGAAAUUCUCCCAAAGACGGAGUGAACGAGCUUGCCCAACUUGUGGCACUCAUUGGCAAUUUGAAAUGCCCAAAGCAGAAGCAGUAGAGUUUGACAAUGAGCCAAAUGACUUGAGUCAGAACCAGCCACAUGCAGAACCUACGCAGAGCCAGCAGGCUUUGGGAUCCAAAUGUAAGAGGCCUCGUAAGUCCGGCAGAGCAAAUGAUGCAGAAAUUACUGGACAAGGGUCACAUCAAGAGUCUCUGUCCUCUGUUGAUUUUAAAAGAGUAACUCGAGCUUCUGCCCGCUCCAGGUAAAACAUUUUGUAUAUCUGUAUGUAUUGCAAGGUUUUUUUUUUAAAAAUAUCAACCUGUCUUACAAGGGAUUAGUACUACGUGAAGCUUGCUUUAUAUUAUGCUUCUAGUUUUGUUGCUUGGACAAACAUUUACCCAGCAAAAGCUGAUGGGUUUUGUUAGGGAGCACUGCAUAGUCCUGCCUUUUGGACGUGUGAUAUUCAGCUUUGCUUAUAAUUUCCGUGUGGAUUAUGUUUGAAUAUUUAUGUACUCUGUGAGGUAUACUGAAUUUUCUAUUAUUGUUAUUACCUUUAGUUUGGGUCCAAUCUAGGAAUAUUUAUCA